CCACUACACAUCCCUCGAAUGUCGGUAACAAAAUGGAUCGCGGUUCAGAUGACUCCAUCAAAUUCAAGCUUUUUCUUGAGGAAUUUACGGCGAAACACAACGGACCUAUAACUUCCGAUGAUCCUCUACCGUUUCGAUUAGUGACUUAUCGCCUUACACCAGACGAAGUAGAAGGAGAAUGCAUAGAAUGGGUGAUGGAAUAUUUGUUUGGCCAGAAUCACUGUCCACCUGCAUAUGCUGCAGCCAUUGCCAAGGCAACCGUGGAUGCAGUCCAAUCUUCAGACAUCUCUAGUUACGAGGAUGAGAGAGAUGAAGAUGAAGGAAAAUUAAUAGAGGCAAAUGGAUUUGCCCGGUUUGUCUUCAGCAACGUACACAGGAUAUGCGAAGAAUGGAAUACAAGUAUGCCUUCCAUCACAGUGGGUCCUGGUAUUCAUCAGGUAUCGCUACAUGCUGUCAGGAAUACCAGGAGAAAAAUGGAGGACAAACAUGUGGUCUUACAAGAUAUUAACGCAAUGUUCAGAUCAAGAUUAAAGGAACCUGAUGAUAAGCCACGCUCCUUCUAUGCUGUUUACGAUGGACAUGGUGGUGUGGAUGCUUCAUACUAUGCCGCGGCUCAUCUCCACCUACACACAGUCAGUCAACCAGACUUCAUUGAGAGCCCUACCAAUGCUUUGAAGAAAGCAUUCAAUGAGACGGAUGAGGCUUUCAUUCAGAAAGCAGGACGAGAGGGUCUUCGAAGUGGAAGCACUGGGGUAGCAGUGGUGAUAGAGCCAGACACCAUUCAUUUAGCAUGGCUAGGAGAUUCACAGGCUGUCCUUAUGAGAGAUUGUAAACCUGUUAUCAUUAUGGAUCCACAUAAACCUGACCGAGAGGAUGAGAAGAAGAGAAUAGAGGAGCUUGGAGGUUGUGUAGUGUGGUUUGGAGCAUGGAGAGUCAAUGGAAGUCUUGCUGUAUCAAGAUCAAUAGGUGACCCUGAUUACAAGCCUUACGUAUGUAGCGAUGCGGACACUGCCAUUCUACCUCUAGAUGGCUCAGAAGAGUGCAUCAUCAUUGCUUGUGACGGACUCUGGGAUGUAAUAUCACCGGAGGGAGCAUGCACAGCCAUACAGGAAUUCAUCAAGUCUGGGGCAGAUCUCUCGGGAGUGGCCCCCGAACUGGUUUCCAUGGCGAAGGAUGCAGGUUCCAAUGACAACAUCACAGUCAUGGUUGUGUUCUUGAAUCCACUCAGGGCAAUUAAGGAUGAAGGAAGCAACAGCAAAAAAGAAGAACUUGUUGUAUCUGGUGAUGGAGAUCAGGAAAAAGACUCUGGAAAUAUUGUAAAAGAAGCCAAUACCUCCAGCGAUGAUCACCAGAGUGCCAAUGCACCAGCGGUCAGUGGAGAGACUUCAGACUUGUCGGAGGGACUUCAGAACAUGGUCGUUCAGAAUGCUGUAGAUGCCAAUUCAAACAAUAACAAUAUCAAUCGGAAUAGUGGUCGGAAAGACAAUAAGAGUGUUCUCAAUAUGUCUAAAGAUGAUAAAGAUCUUGUAAUAAAAAACGGUGUGAAUGUGAUAAAGAAAUCCUCUAAUCAGAAAGCCAGAAAGAGCUCCAUGGGGCACCACACUGCUGGCGUAUACGUCGAGAAGAAUGGACAGAGUCCAGAACUCAUCUCUGACUAUUCAAAAACAAACUCAAAGCCACAGGCAAGGAGGCGUAGCUCACUCCACAAGAAAGGAACAGUGGGUGUAAGUCCUAUACGACGUACUUCAAGUACACCAGCUGUCCAUCAGAGGAAAUCCUCUUUUAACAAUGGCACAGUAGAGGAUGUCAUCAUAGUGGACCUUGGUGUUGAUUCCAAGGCAGAGAAGACAAGUCGUUCAAAUAAGUCCUCUCCUGUCCAGCAUAAAUCGAUGCCUAUCUCCAUCAAACCAAAGAGUUUAACACGAACAAGAUCUCUUCCCAGAGACCCUAAGCUGGCUGCCAUUAUGAAGAACAAGCUUGCGGCUGCCAGCAGUCAGUCAUCACCGACCAAAUCUGAUAUUCCCCGCUGAUAUCUGCUGAAUAAAGUUUCAAACCUCUCAUUCUUAUGUCGUUGCCAGUAUGCAGAAUCUAUGUAUGUAUGUACGUA